AAAAAAAACACUCUUUAGUUUCGCUUCUUUGCGCCUCCAUAGAACUUUUCUCACUGCGAUUCCUCUCCGCGUCUCGAGCCUCCGGAACAGAUGGCGAGCAGUAUAAUCAUGUUCGAGGAUAUCUUCGUGGUCGAUAAGCUAGACCCUGAUGGCAAAAAGUUCGAUAAAGUUACGCGUAUUGAAGCAACUAGCCACAACUUGGACAUGUUUAUGCAUUUGGAUGUUAACACAGAGGUUUAUCCGAUGGCUGUUGGUGAUAAGUUCACACUUGCUAUGGCUCCUACUCUUAAUCUCGAUGGAACCCCUGAUACCGGUUAUUUUACCCCGGGAGCAAAGAAAACACUUGCUGAUAAGUACGAAUACGUUAUGCACGGGAAGCUUUACAAGAUCACUGAGCGUGACGGCCAAACUCCAAAAGCAGAGAUGUAUGUUUCUUUCGGUGGCCUCCUAAUGUUGCUUCGUGGAGAUCCAGCUCACAUUUCUCACUUUGAACUCGACCAGAGGCUCUUCCUUCUCAUGAGGAAGCUCUGAGAUUCCCAUUUUUGGCUUAGACCAAGAUUUAUCUUAUGUUCAACUUUGCUUUUGAUGUUAUGCUCACGAAGCAGCUCUUGUCCCUACUGUUUUAACAUCCUCCUGGCACAAGUUAACUAUUGCAAUUGAAAUAUUUUCGUAACUAA